AUGUCCUCCACAUCGACGCUUCCCAGCGCUAACAACCGAACUCUAAAAAGAUCUUAUACUUCCGUCGCCGUCUCUUCUCCAUCAUCGCCUGACAGAUCCAUACCCAUCAGGACAGCCAAGGCUCCAAAUCGAAGACUUGUUCAGGGUAUAAAUACCUCACCUCGAAUCGCAUCAGAUUCUUCGCCGUACGUAGCCUGGGGACAUACAGAUUCGGCCUCGUCUAAAAUGUACCAGAGGUACUCACCACCAUCAGCAUCAUUCUUCAUGGUAUAUAACAUCGAUUCAUCACAAAUGGAUGGAGAAAGCAGGCACAUCAAUUCCAACCCAUCGCACAGCUCUGUUAAAGUCACACAUGCCUGCCCUCUUUUAAGACAAUCGUCCCUUGUGACCCACGCAGACAAGAAUAUAACUCACAAGACUGAACCGGACUCGCUCUCCCACUCCUACCACUAUCUUCCGAGCCUGUCGACGGAGCCCUCUCCUACAACAACUGUAUCAACUAUGGAUUCUUCGUCCAUGUCUGACCCUUCACCAAGCACACCCUCCACUGAAUCUCCAGAUACGCUUAUAUCCCCAUCAUCACUAACUGUCAAUAAACUUGGAUCCGAAGCCGAAACGGGUCCGAAGCUUGUGAUUCAGACACCUCCACAGCUAUCCUUGAACGAUGACUGUCCCAUCCCCUCACCUAACCCGAGAAAGAAGAAUCUUAAAAGCUUAGCCUUAAACCUAAGUCCUAGCAUGGGAAGUCUUAUGUCGUCAGAAUUAUCAUCACCAUCAUUCAUCAAGCCGCCCACCUUGAAGGGAAAGAAAAAACCUAGUUUACUGAGUCUCAACACAGGUGCUGCCAACAACCUAACCCUUGAUCCACCCAAGUCGCCGAGGUAUUCGACGAUGCUGCACCGCCGUAGUCUGAAGCACUCGAUAUCGAACCCUCAAAUACUCGCUACGCCUGCCUUCGGACCAGCCGGGGGAAUGACACUAAAGAGUUCUCCUGUGUCAUCACGUCUUCGUGAUUCGAGUCUGGUUCCUCGAACACUCGGCAACUACUCAAUAAAUGAGGCAAUCCCAGAAGCCCGAACUGGUACCCAGAUGGCAACACGUGUGCCUGGAGUAACUGUCGGCGGGGAUAGCUUUGAUCGUCCACACUCUGGUGAAGAUGCACAAUCCCCCGCUUACCCUGACGGCCCUAUUCUUAUGCAUGAGCCGAGUGUUUACCUCUACUCGGAGCCAACAGAGGAAGAAGCCUCCAAGUUCGAUGUUGUAAUCAACGUUGCUAAGGAAGUCAAAUGCCCUUUUUCGACCUUCGAAAGGGAAGAGUAUAAAGUUCCUCAAUUGAGUAACCUUGAUGCUUCUUUGUCUCGCUACACGAGUCAAGCUCCAGAAACAGCCAAAGUUGAGUCUACUGACAAAAACAACGAAUCUGCACAAUCUUACCUUGCAUCAAACGCAGCCCCUUCCCGUCAAAACCUUGAUACGAUAAAAAUACCGGAAUAUAUACACAUACCUUGGGAUCACAAUACUGAUGUUAAGGACGACCUCUGGGACCUGUGUGAAUUAAUUGAAGCUCGAACAAAAGCUGGCAAACGUGUUUUGGUCCAUUGUCAGCAAGGCGCUAGUAGAUCAGCUACCCUAAUUAUCGCAUACGGAAUGUUUAUCGACCAGAAGCUCGGUCCAAACGAAUCCUACCAACAGUGCCAAGCUAAGUCACGCUGGGUUAAUCCAAACAUGUCGUUACUCUUCUCGUUGAAUGAUUUUAAGAAGGUCAUUGACCAAAAGAAGACGGAAAAAAAUAGCAUCGUCCGACCAGGCGCAGCAAAACAUCGUACAAGCCUUACAGGUAGUGUGGCUGAUCUUUCCACAACUAUGUCACGCAGGAAUUCAACACCCACAACUUUGGCGUGGGAAGCUCCUAAUCCCUACUCGAGGAAGGAUGACAUGCCUAUUCCUGCGUCUGCGAUAGAGAUUGAUUCCACUAUCUCAAGACUUGGAGCUUUCGACUUUGGAGUCCUAGAUCUUGCUACCCAACCUCGAGAUCGACACAUGGAAAAGCAUCACGUUUCAAUCCUCACAGACUACUCUCAAUCUCUCGGGGAAAUAACUUCAUAUCUGUGCUCUUGA